ACAUGGCUGAAGCUAUUACAAAAAAAUCUUGGGAACAUAUUCUUUGUUAUAAUCAUACUCUACAAUUAACAAUUAGUGAUACAAGGAAAGAAAUGAAUGCCAAUGGUGUCAUAGAAAAAGUAUCCAGUAUAGUGGGUCGUUACAAUAGGAGUAAAUCUGCAAGAGAAUCACUUGAACAUUUCCAAUAUGAGCACAAAAUCCCGAAUCAUGAUUUGAUCCAAAUGGUUUGUACGCGCUGGGAUAGUGAAUUUUUGAUGCUGGAAAGAUUUGUGGAGCAAAAACCUGCAAUUAUCAGCGAACACAUUAAAGCAGGCAUUAAUAAUCUUACAACUCAAGAAUGGAAGCUAAUAGAGGAAUAUGUUGAAGUUUUACGAACCUAUUGCCACCUUCACUGCUGAAAUGAAUAGCCGGACGAAACCAAUUCUAUCUAUGAUAUUACCUGUCCUGUUUGAAAUUAAAUUAUCAAUGGAAGAUAUUAUUAGGAAAGGAUCAAGAGGGACAGGUAUAAUGUUCGCAAGAAAACUUUUAGCCAACGUAAAGCAAAGAUUUCCUGAUUCAGAAUAUUGGGAUUUACCAUUAUAUAGAACAGCAAUGUUACUUAACCCAAGAUUUAAAGACGCUCUUCUUAGCAAGAAAGACAGUACUUCUUUACUUGAAGAGAAGGCUAUAGAAAAUCGAAAAAAAAAUAUAACCACUUCUGAAUAUCAGGCUUCAAUUCAAAUUCAAUCUUCACAAGCAGAAGUUUUCUCUAAACAAAGUAAAUGGGGUCAUCUGAAAAGGAAGACUGAUAUAAGAAAUGUGAACAUUCCAAAUGAAGAAGCAAAAAUCACAAUAGAAGUGGAGAAUUAUCCGAAGUUACCCACAAUCGGAGAACAAGACGAUCCACUCAUGUGGUGGAAGGCAAACGCUUCACAAUUUCCAACUUUGGCACCUCUUGCACGCCAUUAUCUUAAUAUUGCCGCAACAGAAACAUCUAGUGAGAGAGUAUUUUCCGUGGGAGGAAAUAUAGUCACUAAUAAAAGAACAAAUCUAUUAGCAGAUAAUGUGAGACAAAUUAUAUUUUGCCACGAUAAUUUGUCAGCUCUCGAUUACCCACGCUUUGGGAAACGUUAACAGCACUGAAUUGAAAAACACAUCCUAAAAAAUAAAGUUAAAAACUUUUAAAGUCAAAUUAUGGGUAUUGCCUAUUUUUUAUUUUAAC